AUGAAUCAACGGAAGCUGCCAAGGGCUGUUUUAACGAUAUUAACAGUACUACCUCUGUGGCUGGCGGCAGUGGGAGCCGUGGCCCAACAGCAGCAGCAGCAGCAGAAAUUCCGAGUCAAGCCACUGGACCUGCUAGUGGCGGAGGGCUCCGAGGCACUGUUGCGCUGCGAAAUUCAGAAUACUGCCGGCGCGGUGCAAUGGACGAAGGAUGGCGAGGUGCUGGGCUACGAAGAGGCCACGCAGAGCAUCACCGGUUACCCGCGGUACUCGAUGCUCCGUAACGGAGGCUCGGGCAUCUACAACUUACGCAUCGCGAACGUCACGCUCGAAGACGACGACGAGUACGAGUGCCAGGUGCAUCCCUACAUGCACCACAAACCAAUCCGAGCCAAAGCAAAGCUCACUGUGAUAGUUCCGCCGGCUUCGAUCGACAUCCAGGGCCACGGCCAGCACGCGAAGGUAGACGUCCGGGAAGGCCAGGACCUGGUGCUGACGUGUGUCGUCCCGAGUGCCAAGCCCGCCGCACAGAUCGUCUGGUACCGAGCGAACGUGGAGUACAAACCUGAUACCAUCGAAACGAAGACGGCGGAAGUGACCGGUGGCCGCUACACCGUGACGUCGAAGCUGCGCCUGAAGCCGACCUCGGACGAUGACUACGUCGACUACACGUGCCAGGCCCGCCACCAGGCCAUCCCGGAGGACCGACCACUGCAGAGCACCGUGCAGCUGUCCGUGCAGUACCCACCAGGAGCGCCGUACAUCGAAGGCUACACACCGGGCGAACCGGUCAGAAGUGGACAGCGCGUGGAGCUGGUCUGCCGCAGCCGCGGUGGCAAUCCACCGGCACAGCUGAUUUGGUACAAAAACGACAACCAAGUCCGGAUGGCCUACCGGACCGCGGACCGGAUGUCGGAGAACAUCUACUCGUUCGUGGCGGAAGCGAACGACAACAAGGCCCGGUUGCGCUGCGAAGCCAACAACAAUAUGGCCACGAGGAUUCUGAAAACGGAACUAACACUAAGCGUGCUCUUUCCACCCGCCCAUGUUAUCGUGUCGGGGUCGUCGGAGGCACGUGUCGGUGAAUCGGUGGCCCUACAGUGUCAAACGGCUCCUUCGAACCCGAAAGCGGACAUCAAGUGGGUCGUGAACGGGCAGCAGGUUAAUAAUGCCACCGCGAAGGUGGUGCCCAGUCCGGAAGGCGGCUGGGUUACGACCUCGAACAUCACGGCCACGGUCGAGGCGAGCAAACGGUCGAUGGUCGCUAUCUGUCACGGGCUAAACAUGAAACUGACCGAGAACGUGCAAGCUACUCACACCGUCAACGUGCUCCUUCCUCCAGGGCCUCCGAUUAUUUCGGGGUACAUCGAAGGAUCGAUCAUACCGGCCGGCACGAAGCAGAAGCUAAUGUGUGUUUCGUCCGGUGGAAACCCUCUCGCAACACUCACCUGGUACAAAAAUGACAAAAAGAUCCAAUCCGUCAGCCGAACCACGGACCAAUCGGUUUCGGCCGAGCUGUCGAUACUGGCGAACGUCACCGACAAUCAGGCCCGGUACCGAUGCGAGGCACACAAUUCGGCCACCGAGAUUCCGCUCUUCGAGACGAAGGUCCUCGCCGUGCAUUUCGCUCCGGAUACGGCCAAAGUGCGCGUCGAGCCGUCGGAGCUGCGGCCCGGCACCGAGGCCACGCUGGUGUGCGAUUCCAGUUCCAGCAAUCCACCGGCGAGAAUUUCCUGGUGGCACCAAGGACUCCCGCAGGAAGGUUCGAACGGCACGUCCAAGCCGGGCCUGUGGAGUGGCACCGUAUCGUCGCUGGAGCUGAAGCUGAACAUCACGCAGGAUAUGAACGGCCACGUCUACACCUGCCAGAGCACCAACGAGGCAUUACAGCGCAGCAUCAACGUGGCCGUCAACCUGCAAGUACUGUACGCACCGAAGUUCUCGCCUCCGACGACGACCAGCGUUAGCGGCGUGGAAGGUGAACCCCUGACCGUGGCCCUGCUGGCGACCGGUAACCCGAUGUCCAUCGCCUACACCUGGACCAAGGACGGGCAGCCGAUAACGGAAUCCGGUGUACCGAGAAUCGUCUCCGAGGGACCGAUCCUGAACGUUACCCGCCUGAAGCGGACCGACGCCGGCGUCUACACAUGUGAAGCCGUCAACUCCCAGGGGUCGGCGAUGAUUAAUAUCACGGUGCAGGUCAAGUAUGCUGCGACGAUCCAAUCCGUUUCGGAGAAUGUAAUCGUAAAUCCGGGCGAAAACGCAACACUAAACUGCACCGUCGACGGAAACCCAUUAACGCCGGAGCACAUUCGCUGGGAGCGCACCGGGUACGACCUGGCCGGGAAAACGUCAACGACCUACGCCAACGACACCGCCAGCCUGCUGGUGCGGGACGCGCACCGGGACGACGUUGGAUAUUUCCGGUGCAUCGCCGAUAAUCGUGUCGCGAGCAAGCCGGCCACUCGUGACGUUCUGCUGAUUGUCAACUUUGCACCGGAGAUCGACAAAUCUCCGACGAUGCUCCGAGCGGCGGCCGGUGCUGGGGAACGCGCAGAGCUUCCGUGUCGUGCGCAGGCCGCUCCGGGUCCAGUCUUCCGGUGGUUCCGCGCCGGAGCCGAGCUGCGCGUCAACCAGACGGCCAAGUAUCAGGUGGCCCAACGGCAGCUCGAUCCACUGACCCACGAGUCCGUGCUGCUGAUCGAGCACACUUCGUCGAGCGACUACGGCGAGUACGAGUGUCGGGCGGAUAACGAUCUCGGCACGGGCAGUGCCAUCGGUCGGCUGGACAUUAAAUCACCUCCAGAAUCGCCGGCCACCCUCGCGGUACUCAACGUGACGCACAACUCCGCGACACUCGGCUGGACACCCGGCUUCGACGGUGGCCACCGGGCAACGUACCGCGUGCGGUACCGGGAAGCCUCCAGUGAUCGGUACCGCUACGAGGACGCGGCCCCGAAUGAGCACCACCUCACGCUCACCGGGCUACGCAGCGACACACUCUACCUGUUCUCGGUGAUGGCCGCCAACGUGCUCGGUUCCAGCAAGUACCUUCCCGAUUUAACGCGAGCCCAAACCCGAGGAUCGGAAGUGACGGUGCCACCGGAGCUGAGCGAAAAAGCGGAACUGCCGAGCUUCGUGAUGUUCUGCAUCGCCCUGGCCGGCCUCUGCCUGCUGAUCGUCAACGCCGGCCUGGUCGUCUGGUUUGUCAUGAAAAAGCGCUCCAAAGGCUCGUCGAAUCCGGGCAGCAAGUCGGCCACCUUCGAGAUGUACGCCCCAAGCUCGUACAACGACACGGUGACGGGUGAAACACUAUCGAGCGUCUCGGAGAAGAGCGACGCAUACUCGAACGAUGGCAGCCAACCGGACUGCAUGGACGAAACUCGGCAGAAGGCUGCCUCGACGUAUCUGGUGGACGGCAACGACUUACCGCCGCCGCGGUACCAGCAAGACGGCAGCCUCCCGCACUACGUCAGUGACGGCGGUAGCGGAAGUGGUAACAGUUACAUUACGACCCCCUCGCCCGGUCCUCCGAUGGAUGGGUCGUACUACAAUAUGAACAGUGGCCGGUACUUGUCCUAUCCACCAAUGGAACCCGAAAGUGCUUCGGAAACAUUGCGCCGCAUCGCACGGACCAUGGUUCCACCGCCGGACGUAACGCAUCACACACUGCCGCACAGGUCCCACGAUGGUAGCCUCUCGGCCGGCGUCCCACUAGCGAGCCUUAGCGGUAACAUCGCCAACGCCGUCCAAUCGACACCUAAACAACCUCAAGGCAUUCUGAAAGAUCCCAAGCGCAGCAACAGCAACGUCAGCGGUACGCUGGCUAUUUCCGCUCUUUCAGCGCACCCGACGCAGUAUCAGCAUCAAGCAGCCAUGGCUCCUUACGAUCCGUAUGCCGGUAGCAGCGGACCAAGCGGUUUGCUGACGAUGGCACCACACGUCAACUCGUCGUUAGGCAAUGGGUCCCAGCUGGCCCAGCAGGGGAUGCUGAUGGGAACGUACGAUCCGCCGGGAAGCUCGAGCCUCGCAUCGUACAACGUGUCCCUCGGAUAUACCGACGCCGACGGUCAUCUGGUGUAG